AAUACCCAAGCACGUGCACAUCCGGUGGGCAGUAAACAAUUAACUGAACGGGAAGCUGUGUUACAAAGCCACAACCAUGGUCCAACAAAUCCACGUCGAAGGACAUGAAGCAUUCAUGAAGACUGCCACAGAGCACAAGGGGAAACCUGUGUUUGCUCUCUUUAGUGGUUCUAAAGAUGGUGCAGGUUCUAGUUGGUGCCCAGAUUGCGUUAAAGCUGAGCCAGUGGUAAAGGAGUGCAUGAAAUUUGUCCCAGAUGAAGCUGUCUUUAUAGAAUGUGGAGUUGGAGACAAACCAUUUUGGAAAGAUCCGAAUAAUAUAUUCAGAAAAGAUGACAAACUGCGACUGAAGUGUGUACCAACAUUAAUGCGAUGGGGCACGCCACAGAGGUUAGAAGAAGAGCAGUGUGCAGAUUCCAGACUGGUACAAAUGCUUUUUGAAGAUGAAUGAACUGAUCUCACAGGGAAAUGGGAAUGAUGACUGGGAAAUUUUUUUAUUCAUAGUACACUCCAGUGCAACUGUCUUAUGUGGAAUGAUUGAAGCUGAAGUGAUAUUUGUCAUUUUCUCUUUGAUUUGGAUAUUGAUAAAAAAUAAUAAUUUUGUCUGUAACAUAUUGAUCUAGAAAUAACUUAUUGAAUAUUGCUCAUCUGUGUCACAUGUAAUCAUGACAGGUACACAAAUGCACUGUACAGCAAAUGUAUCUUUUAUAAUUGAAGAUUAUCAGCCUGUUACAGUUUCUGUUAUUGAAGCUGUAACCCGAGUGAGGUAGACCAAAAGUAAAAGGCGAACAAGAAAAAAAAUGAUUUAUUAAUUUAGAUCUGUCCUCAAGAUUUUACAAACUUUACUGAUCACUUCAAUAAAUGCAUUGCCAUUGUA